CACUGAAGACUUUUGAGUUGCAGACAGAAGAAAUGGAUCUUGCAAAUGAAGAUGCAAUGCCGAAUACUAUGUUUGAUUGGGACUAUCUUCUGUGGGAAGUUCGUUUAUUUUUAGUAGUACUUGGCUUUUUCUUCUACUUAGGUGUGUUUCUUCUGUCUCACUUGUUGUCCUCAUGGAUCAGUGUCACCUACCGUACCUUUUCAUCAAAGGAGAAAGUCUUCUGGAACAUAAAAGUCACACGUGGUGUUUUUGGACUUCAGAGUUGGGUUUCUGGCUUGUGGGCCUUACUCAUAGAUCCUGUUUUUCAAGCUGACAAAGUAUAUUCCCAGCAGAAAUGGAGCUGGUUUACCUGUUUAAUAGCAUCUGGAUUCUUCUUACUUGAAAAUGUAGCUGUUCAUUUGUCUAACUUUAUUUUCAAGACAUUUGAUGCAUUUGUAGUAGUACAUCAUUUCCUUGCCUUUGUUGGCUUGCUUGGUCUGAUACUUAACACCAAGUCUGGACACUACCUACCCUUGAUGGGCAUGCUACUUGAGAUGAGUACUCCGACCACCUGCAUCUCCUGGCUGCUUUUAAAGGCUGGCUAUUCUCAUACCAUUUUCUGGAAGGCAAACCAGUGGCUCAUGAUCCAUCUGUUUCACUGCCGUAUGAUGCUUACUUAUCACAUGUGGUGGGUGUGUAUUUCCAAUUGGAAUGAUGUGGUGGAAAAUCUUGGACUUCUGUAUUUUAUUGUCUUAUUCCUGGGAUUAGCUUCUGUGUCAAUAAUUCUUAACCCAUACUGGACGUACAAAAAGACUAUGCAGGUUGUCAGUCCGACUGACCGGAAUUUUCCACAUGCAGAAGUGAAAAAUGGACAGUCUGGGAAGCUGAAUGGUGAAACAAUCCAAAAGAAGAGGAUAUAAUACUGAAACAGCUGGUUGUUAGCUUAGAAGCAAAAUAACACCAGAAGAAUAUAAUGCAAGUAGAGCUGCACUGAUGCAUCAGUCUGAUAUCUGUAUCAGCCGAUAUCCCUCCUUAAAAAUUGGCUAUUGGUAUUGGCCCCCAAAAUCUCUAUUGGUGCACCACUAAAUGCAAGUUUUUUUAAUGAGUUCAAAAAAAGAAAAUUAGUUACAAUAACUCAGUGUACAUGUUGAUUAGUCUUAAACUUGCUAUCAGAAUUCCAUACUUGUAUACCAAAAGUGUUGAAAAGUAUAGCUUUUUUAUGUAUAUACAUAUACACAC